ACAGGGAAGUGUUCUGCCGUUUAAAUUCUGAGCGCAAAUGCACCUGAAAUCAUCCAACUUGACCCGAGAGCCACAGGAGGCUGUAGUCAGAAGCAAGGCUGGGGAUCCAACGUGGCAUCUGUUAUUCUCUGCCCCAAACUGACCCAUUAAAAGGACACUUCUCUCCGCCUGUGUGCAGGUGUAAAAUAUGGAAGACGCCUUGCAACUCUCCCCUAAACCUAAUGCCUUUGUGCAGGAUUCCCAUGGGAAUGGUGGAUCUAAAAAUAAUGACAAUGUCCUGUUAUCAUCUCACCAAAAUGAAAAUGAGACAGGUACAGGCCCCAGUGGGUCCCCAAUGCUGUAUAAACCAUUAAUACUCAUGGAGCCAAUACCCAUGUACAAAAUAGAUGUACCUAUGGACUAUUCUUUUGAAAAACCACCCUCUCGCCCUACGGAAUACAGUCAUGAGUGUUCUAGGCUCAACGCCACAUGUCCUGGCCUCCCCCCCACCAUAAUAAAUUUUGAUAGGAAACUCCUUUUCGAUAUUGUCUCAAGAGACAGCACUGCAGAACUGGUGGGACUCCUGCCUUUCUUGUUGCAGAAGAAGAAGCGGCUGACAGAUAAGGAAUUUCUAGAAAUUCCUACAGGGAAGACUUGUUUGUGUAAAGCUCUGAUGAGCCUGAAAGAUGGCGAAAAUAACACCAUCCCAAUUCUACUCGACAUUGCUAAUAUGACAGGCGAUCUGAAGGAAUUUAUGAAUUUACCGUUCAUAGAUAAGUAUUAUAAAGGCCAAACCGCUCUGCACAUAGCCAUUGAGAGGCGCUGUAAGGAUUAUGUGGAGUUGCUGGUACAGAAUGGGGCUGAUGUUCAUGCUCAGGCCAAAGGGAGUUUCUUUCAACCCAAGGAUGAAGGGGGAUACUUCUACUUUGGUGAACUUCCCCUGUCCCUUGCCGCUUGCACCAACCAGCCUGAUAUUGUGGACUAUUUGACAGAGAAUGUUUAUAGUAAGGCAGAUUUAUGUCGUCAGGAUUCCCGUGGUAAUACAGUUCUGCACGCCUUGGUCGCUAUUGCAGACAAUUCACCGGAAAACACCAAAUUUGUCACUGAGAUGUAUGACUUAUUGAUCAUUAAAUAUGCAAAGUUGUGUGCUAAACGUAGUUCCGAGACCGUCCCUAAUAACAACAUGGCAGCCACACCGGAAAGAACAGAGAAGACGCAGGAAGCUCUGAGCUUGGAAGAUAUUUCCAACAUGAAAGAAAUGACACCUCUCAUGAUGGCAGCUAAACUGGGAAAAAUAGGGAUAUUCCAGCACAUCAUCCAACGUGAAAUAAAAGAUGAAGAAGCUUGUCACCUCUCACGGAAGUUCCAGGGUUGGAAAUAUGGCCCUGUGUAUUCUUCACUUUAUGACAUGUCUAUGUUGGAUUCAGUACUGGAAACCCUGGUUUAUAAGAGUACAGCUGAGAACCGCCAUGAGAUGCUGGCAGUGGAGCCCAUAAAUGAAAUAUUAAAAGACAAGUGGAAGAAGUUUGGUGCUGUUUCUUUCUUCCUUGGUUUCCUUGCCUACGUCAGUAUGAUGAUCGUCUUCACAUUAGUUGCAUAUUACCAACCCAUGAAGGGCAAGCCCCCUUACCCUUACAGAACAACAACGGAUCGCUUGAGGCUUGUAGGAGAGAUCAUUAUUCUGCUGACUGGGAUAGUCUUCUUUAUUGGCAAUAUAAUCGACGUAAUAAAGAGGCUAAAGUCUCGGUUUACUGUUGGAUGUUUCCCGCUGCUUUACUUGAUCUACUCUGUGCUGGUCCUUCUCACAAUGGCUCUGUACCUUGCUGGUAUUGAAGCUUACCUGGCCGUUAUGGUGAUUGCCUUGGUUAUGGGCUGGAUAAAUGCUUUAUACUUUACAAGAGGCUUGAAGCUCACUGGGAUGUACAACAUUAUGCUUCAGAAGGUCAUAUCUAUCUCAGAACCUUUUAAUUAUAUUUUAUUUCUUAAUUGUUCUUUAUUCCUUUGUUUUAGUUGGUCGUAUGCUGUAAAGACACUGCAAUCUUUUUUCCCCUCAGCUUUGCUAUCCUUGCUGAAUCCAUGCACCAACGAGGGAAUAUGCAAUAAUGGACAAGAAAACUGUACUGUCCCAGAAAAUCCUUUCUGUCGACACAGCACCACAUUCGGCAAGUUACUGUUAGACCUCUUUACACUGACCAUUGGGAUGGGAGACCUGGAGAUGUUCAGCCAUGCCAAGUACCCUGCAGUCUUCAUCAUUCUGUUGGUGACAUACCUCAUCAUCACCUUUAUUCUCCUCCUUAACAUGUUAAUCGCUUUAAUGGGAGAGACCGUUGGGGAGGUGUCCAAGGAAAGCAAGCAGAUCUGGCAACUGCAGUGGGCUAUCACAAUCCUAAAUGCAGAGAAGCAUCUUCCAGCCUUCAUGAAGAAAUCCUCUGGAGAAAUGGUACCUGUUGGAAAGAAACUGAAUGGGGAUCCAGAUGAACGCUGGUGUUUUAGAAUUGAUGAGGUGAACUGGUCCCACUGGAAACGGGAUGUUGGCAUUAUUAAUGAGGAUCCUGGAAGGAGUGACUUGCAGAAAGAUCAGACUGCUUUGGGAGAGCUUGAAGCUGCCCAAACUUCUGAAGAGACCUUGGUGCUUCUUGAAGAAGACCGACAAGCCCAGACUGAUAAACGGAGAAAUAAAAAGCAGAAAAGUCCAAGAUCACAGAAUAUUGCACCAUAGUACUAACUGCUUUGCUUUAGCAUUGUGUCAUAUUGUAUUUUUUGACUCUUCUCAAUGCUAAUUGUAUUAUCAGUUAUUUCACUCAGGCUAACCUGAAUAAAAUUGUCCCAUGAGCUAAUGA